AUGCUCCAGUUCCGUACUCAAGGUUUCAAUGGCUACGCCGUGAAAUAUUCCCCCUUUUUCGACUCCCGCAUCGCCGUAGCAUCAGCCGCCAACUUCGGCCUUGUAGGCAAUGGAAGACUAUAUAUCUUGGGCCUGACCCCUGAAGGCAUCAUAGCGGAAAAAUGGUUUGACACGCAGGAUUCCCUCUUCGACUUGACCUGGUCCGAGACCCACGAAAAUCAGGUCCUCGUUGCAGGAGGGGACGGCUCAAUCAAGCUCUUCGACAUUGGAGUCGAUACGUUUCCCGUUCAGUCAUGGCAAGAACAUAACCGUGAGGUCUUUGCCGUGAAUUGGAAUCUCGUCUCAAAGGAUAGCUUUUGUUCUAGCUCGUGGGAUGGAACGAUCAAAGUCUGGUCACCCGACCGCCCAACCUCCUUGCUAACCCUUCCCACCCAUUCCUGUACCUACUCCGCCGCCUUCUCCCCUCACAAUCCCUCCCUCCUCUCCGCCGUAAGCAGCGACUCUCACCUCCGCCUUUUCGAUCUGCGCACUCCCGCAAGCGCUUCAAAUCAUUUGACUCUUAGUAUACCCGCCCAUUCACCGCAACAGAAACUCCCACCUAGCGCUUCUGGCAUUGUUUCAGGAGGGCAAGCAGGCGCGUUCCAACCUGCUGAAAUUUUGACGCAUGAUUGGAAUAAGUAUAGGGAUACGGUCGUUGCGACAGCGGGGGUAGAUCGUUUGAUUCGGACGUUUGAUAUUAGGGCUGCGGGGCAAGGACCCUUGGCUAUACUGCAUGGCCAUGAGUAUGCGGUGAGGAGAUUGGUUUGGAGUCCGCACUUGUCGGAUACACUGUUGAGUGCGAGCUAUGAUAUGACUUGCAGAGUGUGGGAUGAUGGAAGUGGCGUGGGAAGUAUGGGACAUGGAAAGCAGCUUGGACGUAUGGGUACGCACACGGAGUUUGUUGUUGGUGUUGACUGGUGUCUUUUCGGAACCGAAGGUUGGGCUGCAAGCGUCGGUUGGGAUGAGAAAUUGUGUAUUUGGGAUGUAAGAGAUACCAUGGGUGACUUGUAG